UAUGGAAAUUACAGAUGCCGAAUUCCACCGCUACCACUGAUGCCUCUGCUGCCGCAGCCUCUGAUGUCACUACCACCCCAUGCAAUGCCAUGUCUACCACCCCAUGCAAUGCCUCUGCAACUGAUACUGCUACCAUUGAUGCCUCCGCUACAACCGACACCUCUGCCACAGCCUCUGAUGCCACUGCCACCCCAACCGCUGAUGGUGCUGCCAACAAUGCUGCCAACAAUGCAGAGAUAGCUGGAGCAAUCUUCAGAGAGGAUUUCAAGACGCUGUCAUAUGAAGAUAGAAUGGAGUAUUUCAUGAACAUGAGGAAAGACUUUAAAACUAUAUUGUUUGAGCUGAUAACUGCAUUGGAGAAGUAUCAGUCUCAUGAGUAUCUUGCAAACAAAUUUGAUUGGUUCAUACAAGAUCAUUUUGGAAAAGAUUUAUUUGAUCAUUGGCCUGCAUGUUACAGGCUGUCAACAGUCAAACAGUCAAAAUGCAGUUGUGCAUUUUCUAUGUGCUGAAUGAUGAUUUUAUUGAGGGUUUAG